AGUACAUGAGUCAGUCAACGCAGUGACUAAUUAUCCCAUGCAUCAUUCAUGAUCAAUUAAUGGUUCUCAUGAAUUGUAGUGACACCCGUGUGAUAGUGUCAGAGUGUUGUGUCAAGAAUUUAUUUCUUUUUGUUCAUCUUCUUGUUUUCCAUGCUAGGUUCGACGAUGAUACGUAGUGCAAUGGACAUCGAGUUUGCUUCAGUAUAUAGUUUGAAGUUUCAGCGGUUGAACACCGACAUGUAAAUGUUUCCUCCCAAGGGCAGUUAUGCUGAAUUUCAAGUUUGCAUCUGUCUUUCAUCGAAUUCUCCAGUCUCUCGGGAUAGUCUGCUAAUUCACCAACUCCAUUUUCGUCUUGAUCAACAAUUCACUGGUCUUUCCUGAGUUGUUAAAAAAGUUAGCCGAUAAAAUGAGAACUGAGACAAUGACUUCCGUCGAAUUGGUCCUGUUAAUACUGUGCAUUUAUAAGUGUAAUGGAGCGAACGAGAGGUACAACGGAAAUUCCGAGAAUACAAGGAAUCUCGGUAUCUCUUUGAACACUGGAAUAUUGGAUGUUCCCUCUGGAUCGGUGGAUAGUGGUAGCAGUCGGUAUCCACGGAAUAGCCCCUCACAAUUUCCGGAAACAUCGACUGGAAAUAGACGUCGUGCACCGCAGGAUGAGUAUGAAUUUUCUAGAAAUUUUCAGCUAAAGUCAUCGGAGUUCCAGUCCAGGGGACGAUAUCAGGUGUCCAGGGGAAGUUCUGCAGGCUCAUUUCAAGAUCACAGGAGAACGCCCGAAGAAAAUCAACAAUUUUACGAUACUCAAGCGAAUAAAAAUGCUCAGGACAAACGACUGGGCGUGAAUCAUCAGGAUUACCCGUCCUCGUCAUCAACUCCCCAUCAAUCUAUCAAGUCACCCACUAAUGAGCUCCAUGGGUUUCUUGAGGGCUGGACAGUUGGCAACGGUCAGGGUACAAUUGCCUUCGGAAAUGCCGAGGAUCCAAUAAGGCCAAAACCUAAUCAAGACGCUAACCAAGGGAACAGGAGACUACCCCAGUCGUCGAAACAACGGAGUCACUACGACAGCAACAAUAAAGAGCCAAGACGACCAGGUCAAAGUGGUUUCCAGGGUAACGAUGGGGAAAUAUCAUCCGGAGUUAAUAUUUUUACGGGAAAUGUAAAUGUAGGAAGAGCUCAAGUGUCUCGAGAAAAUUCAGGCGCUUAUCGGUCGCAGGAGAAUGCAAAUUCUCAGUCUCAGGACAAUCGAUACAGCAGUCGAAUCGAUGACGUUGAUGAUGAUGGAGCCAGGAGACACGAUCCAAAAGCUGCCCAUGGAGAUGAGGUCACUGAGGAUCAUGAUGUGACGAGGCCUGAGAUUUUGAGUGGUUACGGGGAGAAUGUGGACGACGGGAGUAAUGAAGACAGCAGAAAAUCGAUCACGAAUUUACAAGAGAGUGAUGGGAGCGAGCCGUUGAAUGCGGAUCGUGGUUUUCUGGGUCGAAGCGAAGAGAGUAGGUCUACGACGAUGAGACCUGCGCAGGAUAAUUAUGGAACGAGUUCGACUGGAACUUAUCGAAGAAAAACAACAAGACCCAAGAAUGAAUCAGAAUUGGGCUGUCGUCUGCCUCAUCAACCUCCAGGUGGCCAUUACGAUCUCGGAGGUUGCAAUUCUCCCUGUGAUAAAGAGCCCGGCGAUCUUGUACCAAACACAAGUGUAUUGACAUACACAUGUGACAAUGGCUUUGUGCGAAAUGGCAGUGCAGUGUCAGUAUGUUUGAACGACUCGUGGUAUAUGCCACCAUCGUGCCUGAAAACUUGUCCACCAUUGGAGAGCACCAGUGUCGAUAUCACAUGCAAGUUACGGGGCAGUAAAGUAGCUUGUGAUGCACCAGUGGAACCUGCAACACAUGCAACUCUAGCUUGUAAACCCUCUUACAAGAUCCCAUUAACGGAGGAUCCAGCAUACAGAGAAAUUACCUGUACGAGAAAAGGAUCCUGGGAUCGAAUUCUCUUCAGGUGUCUUCCAAAAUGCGGUACGACGAUAGCACACGGAAGUACCCUAGUCGUAAACGGUUUUACCGCCAAGGUCGGAGUGUUCCCCUGGCACGUUGGUAUAUACGAGAAGAAGUCGAGGCAUGUUUACGAGCAGAUCUGCGCUGGUACACUGAUAAACAGCAAUCUCGUUGUUUCAGCGGCGCACUGUUUUUACGAUGACAGCAUAAAUGAACCAAAACCAGUAUCGAAAUUCUACGCAGCAGCUGGUAAACACUACAGAAGUUGGAGCAGGGACGAAGAUUACGCUCAAAAAUCUCGGAUCGAGAGGAUAAAUAUCGCAAAACGUUACAUAGGUGCACGGGGAAACUUUGCCCAGGACAUUGCUCUCCUGGAGUUGAAAACUCCAUUCGAAUUAACUGAUCUCGUCCACCCAGUUUGCCUCGACUGGGACAACGUACUAGAACGUGAGCACCUCCAAGUUGGCAGAUAUGGAAAGGCUGUUGGCUGGGGAAAAACUGAGAAUGGUGAAGCUAGUGAAGAGCUUCGAGGAAUAAAUGUACCAUUCGUGUCAUUCGAUCAGUGUGUGGCUGACGUACCGGAGGAUUUCCGGGGCUAUAUAACACCGGACAAGUUCUGCGCUGGUUACCGAAACGGAUCGAGUCUGUGUGAGGGUGACAGCGGCGGUGGUUUGUUCUUCGAGAGCAAUGGCCUUUGGUACUUGCGGGGAAUUGUCAGUGUCAGCCCGGUCAGGGAUCACAGCUGUGAUUAUCAGUCCUACACUGGAUUCACAUACUUCAGCCAUUUUCGAGAUUGGAUUCGCACCGCUUUUCUCGAAACUUGAGGAGAAUUGGCAAUGAUCACGUGAGAUUGGUUGACAGUUAAGAGAUUUUAGGAAUUCAUCGAGUUUAUUACAACUCCCAUGUGAUUUUAUUUUCAUUUCGUUCUCGGGGAGACCUCGCGGUUUUUUAAUAAGGACAUUUUUCGGAUAAGUUAAUUCAUCUCUUUCACAUUUUAACUGUUGAUUUCAAAGUGAAGUGCACAUUAAUUUUCGAGAACCGAAAAAAUUUUCACAGAUGUGAAUAUUUCAGAACAAUAGCAUGCGAUUAAUUAAAAACGGAACAUAAUUAUCGGAUAUUUUCUCUCAUUAUUAUUUUACAUAAAUGAUGUGCGAAAUUGGUAACGUGACCUGGAAAUACGAGCGAACAAAAACGGCGGCUCAACUGAAUUGCACAUGAACCGCAGACGAUUGGACAUUAUGAAAUGUAACUCGUCGACUUUUUUAUUGAUAAAUGUAUCACUUUUACAUGUGACAUUUUAUAAAUAAAUGUAAUUUAAAUUUGGGACAUGCCACUAUGUACUAAACCCGACGAAAUAUUCACAACGGCCUUUGUCAUUUAUAUUCCCAGUUUCCUGACGCGGAAAACCGUAUUUUUGGCCGUAUUUGAGGAUAUAUAUUUUUUAUGGUUUUUUUUUUUGGUUCGUCAGAGUUUUUGGUUUAUUGUUAUCCUGAAAAUAAAUCGAACGGUAACAAACGAACAAAAUUCGUGUGGCUCUCGUAGCCAGGAUUAUCUUCCGUGUGCUAUCGAUGAACGGACAUAUAACUCGGGGACUUUG